UUUAUAAGUACUAACAGAUGCCUUCAGAAAGCAGAUGUGGAGAGCAGCAGAGUGCAGAAUAAGACAGAAAAUAGGAGGUAUGAGGAAAAGACAUGAACACAUCACAGUGCUUUAUUUUGCCAGAACCUAUAUGGAGCCACAUGUUGAGAUCGUCACAGUGAAGGACUCAAAGCGUAGCGUGAGUCUGUGCAACUCAGUGGAGUCUGAGCCAGAGAGUGAGUACCAGGAGACGGAGGAUGUACUCCCUGUCCUGAAACAUGAGAGCCAGCUGCUAGAUGAUUAUCACCUCCAGAAGCUUGCUGCUCACAUGCCUCCAAAGGCCCAGUGUUAUCCGUGGCAGCUGGUGUACAGCACCGCCAUCCAUGGAACAAGCCUGAGGACUCUCUACAGAAACAUGGCUGGUCUGGACAGCCCUGUGCUGCUGGUCAUCAAAGACAUGCACAAAAAGGUUUUUGGGGCUUUUUGUUCGGAUCCAUUAAGAGUCAGCAAAUAUUUCUACGGCACUGGCGAGACCUUCUUGUUCAGUUUCAGCCCCGACUUCCAGGUAGGGGUGGAUUUCAUUUUUAGAGAUGUCUUUAUCUCUGAAAGUGUUCUAAUAAAUGUAGUAUUAAACAUUCAAGUUCACACUUUCAAUAGUCAAACUUGAACCUGGCAAAAACAGCUGAGAGAGAAGCAUACAAAUGUGAACCUAAUACUAGCACUAUCUGGAGGGAGGCAUAAAUUAUUUUAUUACUUGGGUGGAAAAGUGUUUUCUACUUCAUUGAAAGAAAAUAACUUCAUGAAUUCAUAAUUAAAGCCUAAUAUCUUUCAAA